AUGGUGGCCGAGAAGGGCGCCACCGUGAGCUCGGCGCCCUCAGCCGAGGAGAACAUGAGCAGGCUUGAGUCAGAUGCGCCCGCAUCCUUCCUCAGGUCGCUCAACGACCGCAUCGAGGGUCUCGCCGGCCUCGAGGCGCGAGGCAUCGAGCGCGUCCCUCCGGAUGAGCGCCAGCCGGCCUCGCACGCCGCCGACCUCCAGGUCGCCGUGCUGUGGUUCAGCGCCAACUUGUCUCUCAACAACCUCGCCACUGGCCUCUUCGGCCCCAUGGUCUUCGGCCUGGGCUUCUUGGACAGUGCUCUCCUGGCUGUGUUUGGAACGAUCCUUGGUGCAUGCUCGACUGCAUACAUGGCCACAUGGGGCCCGCAGAGUGGAAACCGAACCAUGGUUGUCUUGCGUUACUUCAUGGGGUACUGGCCGGCCAAGCUGCCUACUCUCCUGAACGUUGUUCUCAUGGUCGGUUACACUACGAUUGAUUGUAUCAUCGGUGGUCAAGUCCUCUCUGCCGUGAGCGGCGGUAGCAUGACUAUCCUCGUCGGUGUUAUUGUCGUUGCCAUCGUGACUUUGUUGAUCGCCGUCUUUGGCAUGGCCAUCUUCCACAAAUAUGAACGAUACGCUUGGAUCCCGCAGGUCAUCGCCCUCUCAGUCCUCAUCGGCGUCGCUGGCCAAUACUUCGACGCUUCCGCUCAGCCCACCGUGACCGGCUCUACACUCGCUGCCAACCGCCUUUCCUUUUUCACCCUGUGCUUCUACGUGCCCAACUCCUGGGCUGCUGCCGCGUCUGACUUCUACGUCUACUACCCAGAGCGCACCUCGCGGGUCAAGAUCUUCAUGCUCACCGUCGUCGGCCUGACAUUGUCUUUCAACCUCGUCUACCUCAUUGCCAUCGGCCUCGCCACCGGUCUCGUCAACAACCAAGCCUGGUCCGACGCCAACGCCAUCAGCACCGGCGCCCUUAUUGUUGCCGCCUUCGAACCCCUCCAUGGCUUCGGACGUUUCUGCUCCGUCAUUGUCGCCCUCGGUGUCAUCGCUAACAGCACUCCGUCAAUCUACUCGGGCGCCCUGGGAUGCCAGGUCCUCGGCCGCUACGGAAAGGCCAUUCCCCGGUGGACGUGGUCCUGUGUCCUGGCUGUGAUUGCCCUGGUCCUCGCUAUGGCUGGUCGUGAGCACCUGCUCGUCAUCUUCCAGAACUUUGUUGCCCUCAUGGGUUACUGGGUCAUGCUCAUGAUCUGCAUUGUUGGAAUGGAGCACUUGUUCUUCCGCGGCCGCCAGGGCUUUGACUGGGCUGCCUGGGAGGACAAGUCAUAUCUCCCGAUUGGAUGGGCUGCCCUUGCAAGUUUCAUUAUCGGCUGGGUUGGUGCUAUUCUCGGUAUGUCCCAGGUCUGGUACAUCGGCCCUAUCUCUGUGGCCGCCUCCGCGGCGGAUCUCGGCAUGUGGCUGGGCUGCGGAUUUGCCAUGGUGGUAUUCCCGCCUCUGAGAUAUCUUGAGAUGAAGAUUUGCAAGCGUUAA